CCCAGAAGUUGAGACUUUCUCACCGGCCGAGCCGGAGCGCGCCCUGCCUGCCCCCGGGAGCCUGGGCCACCGCGCCCCGGGCACUCCGGACCUAGCCGCCCGCUCCCGCCUCCCCGCGGGACCUCUGGUCCCUCGCCCCCAGCAGCCCAUCCCCGAAUCCAGGAAAAGCCGCGCGGACCCCGGCCCUCUGGCCCUCCGGACAGUCGGGGACGCCUGGCCCCCAGCUCAGUCUCCGAAGUUCUCACCCCCGGCGUCCAGUAGUCGCAUCUCGGAUCUCGUCCCUCAGUGCCCCCCGCCUUCAGUCUCAGACACCCUCCCCUUCCAGCAGACCUCCCAGAAGAGCUUUAAAUCCCCCCUUCCCUCGGGGACCCCAGCCCUCCCCUGGCCGCCGGCCCCGAGGCCAGAGCAGCCGCCGCGGGCGCCUCUUCCUCCAUGCCGCCCUCGGGGCUGCGGGCGGCGGCGGCGGCUGCCCUGGUGCCGCUGCUGGCGCUCCUGCUGGCCCCGCCGCGCCCGGCUGCGGCCAUGUCCACCUGCAAGACCUUGGACAUGGAGCUGGUGAAGCGGCGGCGCAUCGAGGCCAUCCGCGGGCAGAUCCUGUCCAAGCUGCGGCUGGACAGCCCGCCAAGCCCGGGCGACGUGCCCCCGGGCCCGCUGCCCGACGCCGUGCUCGCCCUCUACAACAGCACCCGGGACCGCGUGGCCGAGCCGGGGCCCGAGGCCGAGACCGACUACUACGCCAAGGAGGUCACCCGGGUCCUCAUGCUGCCCCAGAAUCCGGAUGUUGAGAAGAUCCCCCAUAGCGUCUACUUCCACUUCAACAUCUCGGAGCUCCGGGAAGCCGUGCCCGACCCGACGCUGCUGUCUCGAGCUGAGCUCCGGAUGCUGAAGACCAAGUCUACAGUGGAACAGCACGUGGAGCUCUAUCAGAAAUUUGGCAACGGCUCCUGGCGCUACCUGACCAACCAGCGCGUGCGGCCCAGCCAGAGCGUGGAGUGGCUGUCCUUUGAUGUCACCAGUGUGGUGUACCAGUGGCUGAGCAGCAGAGAAAAGACGGAGACCUUCCGCCUCAGCGCCCACUGCUCGUGUGACCAGAAGGAUACCCAGCUACAUAUGGACAUUAGUGGUCUGAACAACGUCCGCGGAGACAUGGGCAUUAUUCAGAACCAGAACCGUCCUUUCCUGCUGCUCAUGGCCACCCCGUUGGACAGGGCCCAGAACCUUCACACCCACAGGAACCGGAGGGCCCUGGACACCGACUACUGCUUCAGCUCCUCGGAGAAGAACUGCUGUGUCCGGCAGCUCUACAUCGAUUUUCGCAAAGAUUUGGGCUGGAAGUGGAUCCAUGAGCCCAAAGGUUAUCACGCCAAUUUCUGCCUGGGGCCCUGUCCCUACAUCUGGAGCCUGGACAACCAGUACAGCAAGGUUCUGGCCCUCUACAACCAGCACAACCCGGGGGCCUCGGUCAACCCUUGCUGCGUGCCCCAGGCCCUGGAGCCCUUGCCCAUCGUUUACUAUGUGGGGCGGAAGCCCAAGGUGGAGCAGCUGUCCAACAUGAUUGUCCGCUCCUGCAAGUGCAGCUGAGACCCCCGCCCUGAUCCCCGGGGACCCCCCGGCAGGCCCGGCCCCCUUCCCCCCACUCCUCCCCAAGCUGGACCCUUAAGGGAGGGGGAGAGGGACCCGGCCUGGGGGGGUUGUGUGGUAUUUAAAGGCCACCCGGACCCCAACCCCCUGGGGGCCGAUUAAAGGUGGAGAGAGAAA